AUGCAUUCUCCCUGGGUCCUCCCUCUCCUCGAGAAACUGGGAGCUCUUCAAUGGCGGAAAAUCGUGCACGGAAAUCAAGGAUGGAGACUCGUCACCGCUAACUGGUUACACGUCGGAUUGAUUCAUCUAGUCGCUAAUAUGUUAAGCCUUGUCCUCAUCGGCAUUCGCCUUGAACAACAAUUUGGAUUUCUUCGCGUAGGAUUGAUCUACCUGUUAUCACGAUUCGAGGGUAGCAUUCUUUCUUCAUUAUUCCUUCAAAACAACAUCUCAGUUGGUGCCUCCGGUGCUCUCUUCGGUUUACUCGGGACAAUGCUCUCCGAACUCAUCACAAACUGGACAAUCUACUCCAACAAUGUGAACAAAAUUCCAUUUUAUAGAUAUGAUAAAGUUUGA